AUGCUGCAAGGCGUGGGAAAGGAGGACAAAGAUCUGGACAUUGCAACCCAGCUCGACAAAAUCCUGGCUGAGCUAGAAUACGAGGCACCCGGCCGGAAUCAGGAUCUCCUCUCCUGGCAGCGCGUUCAAGGACCCUUUGGCGUGUUCUCGGCAUUCCAGAGCAAAGCAAGCUCACCAGCGCUCCAGCCGGAACGCCAGGACGGAGACGGUCAUGCCCUGGGCACAUGGGGAGACAAUGAAGACUUUGGCACGGAGCUCGACCAGAUAGGUCUAUUCGCAGAUGCUGUCGAUCUCGGAAUGCCCAACCUGAUCUUCCAACAGCCGCCUCUCAGGAACUGGGAUCAUCAAAAAGCAUCAUCACCAGAGCCUGCGACUCUGGAUGGCAACGGCAACCCCUUGUUUCAAGCUUACGAUCUAUCAUCCUCGGCACCCACUUAUGGCUCGCUAGCAUGGCAAAUUCAAGCAAGUGAACCAGAGUUGCCGGCGGCUAUCUCGCCCCAAGCACUGCCCAUGCACGAGUCGCCAUACCUGCCCCGAUGUGCGCAAUACCUGCUCUGGCAUUACUCGAACCACACGAUCCCGUCGUUGUCUGGCAUCCCACUGCAAAAUGAGAACAGCCUAUGGAAGCGACUGCAUUUGCCGACCGCGCUGCAGGCUUACGCGGAGCUGGGUGUCCUUGGCGAUUCCAGUUUACCGCGCGUAUCGCUGCUGUACAGCCUGAUGUCAAUCGCCUGCUUCCAGCUCAAGGCACUCCACAAGGAUGCCCCUGGACAUGGAGUUGUCGCGCCCUUCAGCUUGGGGCCGGCGUUCGCUGCCGAAAGCUGGAGCGCAGCGGACUGGGAAGCGCAAGGCAUCAAGUUUCGAGACAUUGCUCAGACGGGGCUCCAGAAGUUCCUCCGCAACGCAGAGACAUCUCGGAGUGUCGGAGCCUCGUACAAGUACAAGGAGGUGCUGGUGGCUGCGGUGAGCCUUGUGUGCAUCCGGAUCGUGAGUGGCGAUACCACGGAUGCGCGGCCUUACAUCCUGCAGUGCGAGCAUAUCAUCCGAAACAUGAACCCGAGCAAGAAUCGACUGUCCCGCAAGACGUCAAAUCUUCACGAGAUAUUCUACUACAUUCAAGUCAUGGAGUCGGCGUCAUCCGUGCAGCAUAGCUCGCACCACACGAGGAGAUUGUUGCCGUAUGCUGCGGACCAGGACACGGGGGACACUGAUCUCGAGGUUGGCGCAGGAGUCACGCUUACGCGCGAUACAGACAUUGCUCGCGUGUCGUCCUCGGAGCUUUGUCUUGACGAGACAGACGGGGAAGAGGAUGUAAUGUACGGGAUCCCAGGCUCCUUGAUCCACCUCCUGGCUCGGACCACGGCACUUAUCGAGAAGACUGAGCAAUCAGACCCAUCCCAAGGUGACAAGCCGAGCACAUCAUCGCCCAUCGAGGUGGAAAAGAUGACCAGAACUCUAGAAAACGACAUUUGCGCCUGGCCUGGGCAGCGGAAACAUCGCAGUAUCGCCACUCGCCCUCCCGCUCGUGACGUGCUGGCAACCCAAUCUGGUGUCGACACCGACACUAUCUUCGAACCAACAUCUGACUCCUUCCACAAGGACAGCGUGGUGGAUUGUAGCCUGCCACGCCUAAUGACCGACUGUCUCGCCCAGGCGCUGCACGCGGCCAUCCUGAUCCAUUUCUUCCGCACCGUGCGCAAGACACACCCGGCCAUCCUGCAGCACUACGUCGAGGCCGUGACGAGCCACCUGGAGAUGCACGCCUCGCUCAAGACCAUGUCGGCGCCCGCCCGGCUCAACGCCAUCGUGUGGCCCAGCUUCAUCGCCGCCUGCGAGGCCAUCGACGAGGGCCUAAGGCGGCGCGGCAUUGCUUGUCUGCGCCAGGCGGCCUGGGCCGGCUUCUGCAACUGGGAGGCCGCCGAGGCGGUAACUCGCGAGGUCUGGCGGCGGCGCGAUGCCGGCGACACGUGCGCCUCGUGGCAGCAGGUCGUGCGGGACUUGUCUGUGCACAUGGUUCUGACUUGA